CUCCCCUUCUUUUUUUGCUUUCUUUCUUCCUUCCUUCCCCAGUUUUGUACUCAAUUCACAUCUGGCCAGGCUGAUCGACAAUCAUGUCGCGGCCUUUCCCUGCGGUUCCCGCCGUGUUCCGCCCCGUAUGGCGGCGGAACUUCUCCGCGUCUACCUCGCAAAGAGCUAUUAACAAGAUCUGCCCUUCGGCUCAGGAAGCCAUCAAGGAAAUGAAGGGUGCUUCCACCGUUCUGGUCGGAGGUUUCGGUUUCUCGGGUGUCCCCAACACAUUGAUCGAUGCUGUGCGCGAUCGCCCGGAUAUCAAGGAUUUGACUGUCGUCUCUAACAAUGCUGGCAUGCCUGGUCGUGGUCUUGGUCAACUGCUUGAGUCCAAGCAGAUCACCAAGAUGAUUGCGUCUUUCAUCGGUGAAAACAAGGUCUUCGAGAAGAUGUACUUGAACGGUGAUCUCGAAUUGGAAUUGACUCCCCAGGGCACUAUCGCUGAGAAGUGCGCUGCUGGUGCUUCUGGUGUCCCUGCUUUCUAUACCCCCGCUGCUUAUGGAACUAUCGUACAAACUGGUGAACUCCCCGUCCGCUACAACAAGGAUGGCACCGUGGCCCUCACGUCCAAGCCCAAGGAAACCCGCGAAUUCAACGGCAAGCAAUACCUCCUGGAAGAAUCGAUUUUCGGUGACUACGCCCUGGUCAAGGUCCACAAGGCCGACAAGCUGGGCAACUGCCAGUUCCGCAAGGCUAUGAACAACUUCAACGAGGCCAUGGCCAAGAACGCCAAGUACACCAUCGUCGAGGCCGAUGAGAUCGUCGAGGUUGGCGAGAUCGCUCCCGAGAACAUCCACAUCCAGAGCAUCUACGUCAACAAGGUCAUCCAGAGCACCGGCGAGAAGCAGAUCGAGAAGCUCACCUUCGCCAAGGAUCCCAGUGAGUUGCUCCAGGCUGGUGACAGCGCCGCCACCGCCCGCCGCGAGCGCAUCGUCAAGCGUGCCGCCAAGGAGUUCCGCGAUGGCAUGUACGUCAACCUCGGUAUCGGAAUGCCCCUGAUUGCGCCCGCCUACCUCCCCGAGGGUGUCGAGGUCGUCCUCCAAGCCGAGAACGGUAUCCUGGGUCUGGGUGGCUACCCCCAGCCCGGCCAGGAGGACCCCGACUUGAUCAACCCCGGCAAGGAGACUGUCACCUUGGACAACGGUGCUUCUCUCUUCGGUUCCCACGAGAGUUUCGGUAUGAUUCGCGCUGGUCGCAUUGACUUGACUAUGCUCGGUGCUCUGCAGGUCAGCCAGUACGGAGAUUUGGCCAACUUCAUGCUUCCCGGUAAGGUCAAGGGUGUCGGUGGUGCCAUGGACUUGGUCGCCAACCCCGAGAAGACCAAGGUUGUUGUUACUAUGUCACUAAUCAGCGUCGCAAAACAGGAACACACCGACAAGAAGGGCAACCCCAAGAUCUUGGCCGACUGCACUUUCCCCCUCACCGGUCCCCGCUGCGUGUGGAAGAUCAUCACCGAUCUGGCCGUCUUCGAGGUCAGCCCCACCGAGGGUUUGACUCUGGUCGAGCACGCCGAGGGCGUGACCGUUGAGGAGAUCCGCAGCAAGACUGCUGCUCCUUUCAAGGUCGCCGAGGACCUCAAGCCCAUGCUGUAA